AUGCAGGACGCGAAGCGUUCGGCUGCCGCCUUCCAUGAGCUGGAUGCGCUGCUGGGGAUGAUCAUUGCGCUUCGGGAGGCAAACGGUGGCACUGGCCCCGACGAGCGCGAGACAAACUUGAAGCUCGUCUACGAGCAGGUGUACCGCUCGAUUCAGCGAUCGACCGAAGAGGCCAACAAGAUCCGCCAUGAGAUUCAGGAGUUGGACAGUUUCUGCCGGAAGGGCUACAUCCCUCCUGUCUACGAUGCCUACAACGCCUCCCAGCAGGACAUCCAGAAAAUGCGAGAGCUCCAUCAAGCAACAGCACCCAUAGAGGAGAAG